AGGCCGGGACCGAGACGCCCGGGAGCCCCUUAGUGUCGCGCUCAAGCGUUGAGGUCGCCGCCGACGCCGGCGGGAACGACAGUCCCAGAGUUCCUCGCGGCCGGCGCGGAACCCGGCGGCGAGCCUCCCGGGCCGGGGCCCGAGCUGGGGGCGGGCAGCAACCGGCCACUGGAAGAGCAGGCUCCGGGCUCUACCGCGGGCGUCCCUUCGCCUUGCGCGGGGGGGCGGGCUUUGCGGGCUGGCCCGGAGCCCCUGUGUCAGGAGGCGUGGUCUCCCUGGGGCUUCGAGUGGCUGUGACCGGCCCCACCUGACACCCAGCAGCUUGCACUUGUGUUUUGCUCUGUGCGAGGCGUCUGCGUGUGUGACUGUCGUUUAGUCCUCUCAGCGACCCUCCAUAAAGUUGGGGCGCUGCCGGAGCGUGAAGGAGUUUGAGAAGCUGAACCGCAUCGGGGAAGGCACCUAUGGCAUUGUCUAUCGGGCCCGGGACACACAGACGGAGGAGGUUGUGGCCCUGAAGAAAGUGCGGAUGGACAAGGAGAGGGACGGGGUCCCCAUCAGCAGCCUUCGAGAGAUCACACUCCUCCUUCGCCUUCGCCAUCCGAAUAUCGUGGAGCUGAAGGAGGUGGUUGUAGGGAACCAUCUGGAGAGCAUCUUUCUGGUGAUGGGUUAUUGUGAGCAGGAUCUGGCCAGCCUUCUGGAGAACAUGCCGACCCCGUUCUCUGAGGCCCAGGUCAAAUGCAUUGUGCUGCAAGUGCUCCGAGGCCUUCAGUACCUACACCAGAACUUCAUCAUCCACAGGGACCUGAAGGUUUCCAACUUGCUCAUGACUGACAAAGGCUGUGUGAAGACAGCGGAUUUUGGCCUAGCUCGGGCCUAUGGCAUCCCGGUGAAGCCCAUGACCCCCAAGGUGGUGACACUCUGGUACCGUGCCCCCGAACUGCUGCUGGGAACCACCACACAGACCACCAGCAUUGACAUGUGGGCCGUGGGCUGCAUCCUGGCCGAGCUGCUGGCUCACAAGCCCCUUCUGCCUGGCACUUCUGAGAUCCACCAGGUGGACCUGAUUGUACAACUGCUGGGGACACCCAGUGAGAACAUCUGGCCGGGCUUCUCCAGGCUGCCGCUCGUGGGCCAGUACAGCCUGAGGAAGCAGCCCUACAACAACCUGAAGCACAAGUUCCCGUGGCUGUCGGAGGCCGGCCUGCGCCUGCUCAAUUUCCUCUUCAUGUAUGACCCCAAGAAAAGGGCAACAGCCAGAGACGGCUUGGAAAGCUCCUACUUCAAGGAGAAGCCCCUGCCCUGUGAGCCGGAGCUCAUGCCCACCUUCCCCCACCACCGCAACAAGCGGGCCGUCCCAGCCGCAUGUGAGGCCCCGAGCAAGCGCUGCAAGCCGUGACAGGCGGGAGCCCCUCCCCUCAGCCAGGCCCGCAGGUCUGCGGGGGACAGCGCGGGAACGGGGAGGCCUCCGUGGUCCAGGCUGACGGCGAUGCUGGGAUCCGGCUCAUCCUUUGGCUGAGACUGACCAGCUGCUCCUGCUGACUGCACCUCCUUCCCCCAGAAGAGCAGGGUGUGGAGGAGGGAGCGAUGCAGGGUGGGUGCACUGAGAAGGGCCGGACUCUCAGCCUGGGCACCCAUUGCCAUGCCCGCAGCCGGCCCUCUACAGCUGUGCAGAAGCUCAGGGCCUCACUUCCCAGAUGGCUGCUGGGCCUGUCUCAGUGGGUGCUGCUAGCUUGGGAUAGGUGGGCAGACCCCGUGUGGUUGCCUGUGGCCCAUCCUGGGCCCGGGGGUCUGUCCGAGGGCGGGAAGCCCCCCAGCAGGGCUGGCAGAGCUCAGAUGGGAAAGGGGUCAGGUGUGGGUUACAUCCCACCUGGCGGACUGGCGUCUGAGCCCUGUCCCUGCCCCCACACUGAGGCCCAGACAGCAAGGGGCACGAGGGGGAGCUAACGGAAGCUUAGAUAAAAGUUUUUCUAACAGA